AUAAACUCAGAUACGCUGAAAUUUGGAAUCGAACCACAAUCGGUGGACACUUUCUUUGGUCAGAAGAUGUUCCUGCGGGCUCUAAUUGACAUCAUACGAUGUCCAAAUCAGUGCGGCAGCUGCCACUUCUCCGCCUGCCCGGCACCCCGAUUUCAUCCCCAUUCUGAUAUGGGAAGUUAUUGAUUCUAUUUAGAGUUUCCUAAUGCGGAUCGCUGAUCAAUAGAUUGGCUACGGGGUUGAACGCUCUACACACCACACACACACUGGUAGAUAGAUAGGCGCGUACCGCUCACACAGACACAGCCAGAUAGGCGGACGUUCUGUUCUGGGUUCGUACGAACCCUCGAUGCUCUUUGUGUUUUCAGUCUGAGACUGAGGCAGCUGGCGAGCGGUUGAUCGCGCGCUCCAAAAUCCGAGAUUCGCUGGACAGAGAUUCACUGCGGUACUGGAGAGUGCUGCUGCAGCAACUGCUGGUGCUGGUGCUGGUGCAACUUGGUUCCGUUUUUCAACCAGAUUGUUGCACAAUCGAACGGGUUCAUCGGGCGUAUACGCAACCAGACGCGUUAAUAUAUUGCGCAUACGUCACGGUGCCGCGACCAUUGAACCGCUGCUAGUCAGUUAUCGUACGACACUCGACGGUUGACAACGCCGAAUCUCAGGUGUUACACCUGGCACUGCUCCACCAAUGGGCUACGACGACGUCAUCACCCACCUGGGUGAAUUCGGUCCGUAUCAGAAGCGCAUCUACUACCUUCUCUGCCUGCCGGCUAUAGUCUGCGCCUUCCACAAGCUGGCCGGAGUGUUCCUGCUGGCCAAACCCGACUUCCGAUGUGCCCUGCCAUACGAAAAUGGCAGUAUCUAUGAACUAUCACCCCACCUGUGGAACCUAUCGUAUCCGGAGAAUGAAAGGUGCUCCUACUACGAUGUGGAUUACACGGAGGAGUACCUGAAUGGCAGCAUUCCACGGAGCAGCAACGAAACCAAGACCUGUUCCAGCUACGUUUACGAUCGGAGCAAGUAUCUCAAUAGUGCGGUGACCGAGUGGAACCUGGUCUGCAGUCGAAGCCUGCUAAGUGCCACCAGUGAUUCGUUAUUCAUGCUGGGCGUGCUCCUGGGCAGCUUAAUCUUUGGCCAGAUGUCCGACAAGCUGGGACGCAAGCCCACCUUCUUCGCCUCACUGGUGCUUCAGCUAAUCUUCGGCGUUUUGGCUGCCGUGGCACCCGAAUACUUUAGCUACACGAUUUCCCGUAUGAUUGUGGGCGCCACCACUUCGGGAGUCUUCCUGGUUGCCUAUGUCAUCGCCCUGGAGAUGGUGGGCUCCUCGUAUCGCCUCUUUGCCGGCGUGGCCAUGCAGAUGUUCUUCUCCGUGGGCUUUAUGCUCACGGCCGGCUUUGCCUACUUCAUCCACGACUGGCGUUGGCUGCAGAUUGCUAUAACCUUGCCGGGACUGCUCUUCCUUUGCUACUACUGGAUCAUUCCGGAGUCUGCCCGUUGGCUCUUGAUGAAGGGUCGCAAGGAUGAGGCCUUUGUGAUCAUCGAGAAGGCGGCCAAGGAGAACAAGGUGGAGGUGCCCAAUGAAAUCUACGAGCAGCUGGUGGACGAGGUGGCCGAAAAGAAGAAGCAGGACGAGAUGGCCGCCUCCCAACCAGCGGCCACUGUGUUCGAUCUCCUGCGCUAUCCGAAUCUUCGACGGAAAACCCUGCUCAUCUUCUUCGAUUGGUUUGUGAACAGUGGCGUUUACUACGGCCUGUCGUGGAACACCAACAAUCUGGGUGGAAACCAAUUGGUUAACUUUAUGAUCUCUGGUGCCGUGGAAAUUCCCGGCUAUACGCUGCUCCUCUUCACUUUGAACCGUUGGGGUCGUCGCUCCAUCCUGUGCGGUACCAUGAUGGUGGCCGGAAUUAGUCUGCUGGCCACCAUCUUCGUGCCGAGCGACAUGAAUUGGCUGAUCGUUGCCUGCGCCAUGAUAGGAAAGCUGGCUAUUACCUCGUCGUAUGGAACCAUCUACAUAUUCUCAGCGGAACAGUUCCCGACUGUGGUGCGGAAUGUGGGUCUGGGAGCCUCCUCCAUGGUGGCUCGCGUGGGUGGCAUUCUGGCACCCUACCUAAAACUGCUGGGCGAGAUCUGGCGACCGCUGCCGCUGAUCAUCUGCGGAGCACUGUCUCUCACCGCUGGCCUGCUGUCCCUGCUCUUGCCGGAGACCCUUAACAAACCCAUGCCGGAGACCAUCGAGGAUGGGGAGAACUUCGGCAAGAAGCCGGCGCCGCAAGAAACCGCCGAGGAGGGUGGCACCCAGGAGCUGUCCGGAAUGCUGAACGGAAAGUCCGGCUAAUUGGAGCCGGAAUUGCGAGACGACGAGCAGUUAAUCACUCAAUCUACACUGAUGGCCUCAAUUGGUCAUUUCAACGAAUUUAAGCAUUCAGCGCACUUCCAUUUCUCCAGCGAUGUAUAUUGUACAAUUCAUUCCAUUUUCUCAGCUCUAUUUGUUUAAUUUUAAAAGCGAUUUAAUAAAAGUCACGCAUAUUUAAAUCGU